CCUGGGCCCGCGCUCCCCGCCGCUGCACGUCCUGGGCCCGCGCUCCCCGCCGCCCACCGGCCGGCCGUCUCGCCGCCGCCCUCCGCGCCUCAUGAAGCCGCUGGUCGUGUUCGUGCUCGGCGGCCCCGGGGCCGGCAAGGGGACCCAGUGCGCCCGCAUCGUCGAGAAAUAUGGGUACAUACACCUUUCUGCAGGAGAACUACUUCGGGAUGAAAGGAAGAACCCAGAAUCACAAUAUGGUGAACUCAUUGAAAAGUAUAUUAAAGAUGGAAAGAUUGUGCCAGUUGAGAUAACCAUCAGUUUAUUAAAGAGGGAAAUGGAUCAGACAAUGGCUGCCAAUGCUCAGAAGAAUAAAUUCUUGAUUGAUGGGUUUCCAAGAAAUCAAGACAACCUUCAAGGUUGGAAUAAGACCAUGGAUGGGAAGGCAGAUGUAGCAUUUGUUCUGUUUUUUGACUGUGAUAAUGAGAUUUGUAUUGAAAGAUGUCUUGAGAGGGGAAAGAGUAGUGGUAGAAGUGAUGACAACAGAGAGAGCUUGGAGAAGAGAAUUCAGACCUAUCUUCAAUCAACAAGGCCAAUUAUUGACUUAUAUGAAGAAAUGGGCAAAGUCAAGAAAAUAGAUGCUUCUAAAUCUGUUGAUGAAGUUUUUGAUGAAGUUGUGAAGAUUUUUGACAAAGAAGGCUAACUCUAAAUAUGUUAAAAAUUCUAGAAAUCAUGCUUGAAUAUUGCUUUGAUAGCUGCUAUUACAACCCCUUUCUAAGGCGAUUUUAAUAUUUCUUAAUUAUAUCUCAGUUAAUGGUGGGAAAAUAUGUAGUUCAGAUAAAUCACAUUUAAAAAAUUUUUUGAUCUCUGGAAUAGGCAGUGAAUUUGAGUCUGACUUCGUUUUAGCAAUGGUGCUCACAAAACAAAGAAGGAUAUCACCUAGUUGUUUGUUUUUUUAUUCAAAGAGAAUAUCCCUGUUAUAGUUUGUGCCUUCUGUGAGCAGAAUUUUUAGUAUGUGUACGCAUCCCUCUGGUUUAAGGAUUCCCCUUUCUCCUCUCUUGCAGGUUUUAAAUUUCCAACCUGUUAAGUGAAUUUGUGGACCAAAUUCCAAAGGAACAUUUUGUGUAGUCCUUGCAAUACGUGUUUGGUAAACAAAUAUAGAAAAUGAAUUCCUAGACAUGUUUUAGUAUUUAUGAAAUAACUGACCAUUUCCUAUAGGAAGAUAAGAAAAUUAGGCAUUGUUUUUCCACAACUUGUACAAAGUUGUGUGAGAGGGUGUGUUUUUCGCUUCCCAAGUAUUGGGACGGGGCAUUGGGUCAGAGUCUGGCAGAAUCGUCAGCUUAAUUCUGACAUAAAUCUGAGGGUAAGGGGCAAAGAGCUCUCUAAUGACAGUGCUCCUUACGCUCAUAUGUGGUGUUGUUGAUGAUUGGGCUGAUUAACAAAGUUCUUAGCGGGGGAACCUUGAAGAGCAUGUACUAGGUUUAUGCCAGAAUCAUUCAUUUAGUGUUUUGAUAACACUUCUUGGUUUCUUGUUUUCUAGACGAAAUAGAGGAUUAGUAAAAAGAAAUGUGAUGGUUCGUUUCCCGUUUGUAUUUUAUUUUCUUGGAUUUUUUCCCCAUAGUUACUUGUUUAAUAAGAUCUCAAAAUCAUUGCACUUUGGUAAUAAAUAAAUAUAUCUUAUAAAUGUUUGA